GACCAAACUACAACAUGUCAACAUGAAAGGCAAUAUAUAUACCCAAAUCCCACAUUCAAAAAAAGAAAGAAAAAAAUAUUUGGUAUCUCACUUUUAUAUUCCAAGAAAAGAAGAUAGGCAAAAGAUCAUUAAUAUCAUGAUGAUAACAUACAAUUUAAUUGGUAAAAUGCUUACUUAUAUCCUAUUAAUAGGUGAGAGGUUCGAGUCACGGUAAGAUAAAAGCAAAUCAUUAUUAACCAUCUCUUUAUACUCCCUAUGUCUGCCAUAUAAAUAUCACAUGUUGACCCAACACAAGUUUUAAGAAUUGUAAACGAAAAUAAGUGGAAAAAGUUAGUGAAAUGUGAAUUAUACUUUUAUAUAUUAGGUUUUGUAGUAAAAUGUGAGUCAGACAAAUUUAGAGGAAUGUGAAGUUCAUUACCAGAAGUAGUAAAAAAACAAGUAUGACAAGUAUCGAUGAAUAAAGCGAAAAGGAAACUAGUGACAAGUAAUUACGGACGAAGAAGAAAGUAUAAGAAAGCUCAUCUCCACAAGUUUGAAUAACCCUAGAAUACAUGAAUAAUUAAUUUUAAACGCUUUUGUAAUUAUAAAACAUCAUCAUCACAUUCACAACCCUAUAAUAAUUCUAUAAUCUUUCAAGAAAAGUGUUAAAAAUAACCUAUCAAAAAACAAGAAUAUCUUACUGUCUAUAGAAGUGGGGUCACAUGGGGGAGAAGAUUAGGACAGCUAUCAACAGCUUAGGGGGGUAGGGUUGGGGUGUUGAAUCCCAACGGUAUGAGUGAGAGUUGUUUAUGAACUAAACAAUUGAGGGGGAAUCAGAAACCACGUGCCCUUGUGGUUGUGCCCUCCAGCCCUUAUUACACUCUUCUUAAUUUCAUACACAUUUAUUUUUCUCACAACAUUCUCUCUCUCUGUUCAUAUCAUCAUCUUUCCUUUCUUGGUGGCAGCUGGAUCGAUCUUCUAUCAACAUUUCAUUCAAAUUCAUCACCGUUGGAUCAAUCUUGGGUCUCUAGUCGAAUUUUGUUCAGAAUAGUGCUAUUCUAUCAUAUUAUGACUGAUCAUAUACUACUUUGUCUCAGUCUAUGAGAAUAAGAUGAAAGUUUGUUUUAACGUCUAAUAUAAGAUGAAAAUAUAUUAAAUUAAGAUUCUGAAGCCACAACUGCUAGCCUCUUGUUGUGCGGUGGCUCUGCCCUAACUUUUCAAAGUGACGAUUGUCAUAUUGACUCUGUCAACUCUAUUCUAUCCUGAUUUAUCGGCGAUUUUUUUACUACGUCUAUCCUCGGUGCAUUUAUUGAAUUUGCCAUUGAUUAUCAACUAUUAAAAGAACAUUUUUUUAGAAUAAUUACCCUAAAAUGAAUAUAUUUAGUCCAAAAUCUUGGACAAUCACGAUAGGUGGAUAUGAAAUCUAAGUCAUUAUAGUAAUAUAUCAAAGGUUGUUACUAAAGUGAACCCCAACAUGGUUUUCGUACCACGUAUUGCUUCUGAAGAUUCUAAUCUAAUUUUGUUUGGUUGAAAUCCCAAAAAAUGCCAACAAAUUAAAUAUACUCAUUUAAAAGAAAAGACAGAAUUGGACGCUCUCUUAUUGUAGUACCAAAGAGGUAACUUCAUCGUGGGUGACGAAUUUUAAUCAUGUAAUUUUGUCUAUAAAUCAUAUUCAGCUGGUAUUUUCUUUCUAAUUCAUUCAAAAUUAAAAAUGAUGAACAUUGCCAAAGAACUGUUAUUUGGAAAAGUUAGUGGAAUGUGAGACCUAUUUUUUAUAUUAGUUUUAUAAUAAAAUAUGAGUGAAGUGAGUUAGUGGAAUGUGAGACUUACUUACCAUUUAUGGUAAGAAUGAAGUGUAACAAUUAUUAUGGGACGAACCGAGAUGAAAAAGAGUGACAAUUAUUAUGGGACGGAGGGAGUAACAAAGAAUGUCAAAUACAUGAGUAUAUAAAACUAUCUUGACACAAACAAAAAAACAACAACCGCUAUUAACUAAUCACAAAAAAAAACAAUAACACUAACAACAAGACACAAAUACUCAUCCUCUUAGUAAACUUAUAAAUAUGUAUAUACAACCAAUCAAAAUCAAGACACAAAAAUAUUAAUAAUCUUAGUAAACAUACUAAAUAUUACUCCUAUAUCCAACGCAACAGAACCAAGACACAAAUACACAUGCUCUUAAUAAACAUAUAAAGAUGUAGAUAUAUCUUCAAUUUGAAGGUUGGCAAUAGUAAGUGGGCAAUAUAAUGAAGAAUGAAGGAGAAUUCUAAACCCACUAGGGUGCAAACUUUAUUGCACAAUGAACCACACCACCACUUUGGCUGUCAUAAAAAGGAAUCACGAUCAUGUGCAUACAAUUCUUGGAAGUCUACUUUGGACAUAGGUAAUGGCUGAUUAGACUAAUGCUUGAGGUGUGAGAUCCUCACGUUUGCCAUUUCAUACUAUAUACUCCAUUUUGGAACAUAUACCAUGUGCCACAAUGACAUUAUAUUGGAAUAAUUUAUUAUAGUAUUUUGUAAUUUAAUUAUGUCUUUUAUUCCAUCAAACUUUGAUAGAAAUUCAUAAUUCCAGAAAGCAAUUAAUGAUAGAAAAGGUGGCCAUAAGAGUUAUAUAUUCCAUUCUCUCAUAAACUGAUGUGUUGUUAUAUUUUUAAAUUUUAUUUGUCAACAUCCUCUCCCGAAGCUUUAAAGGAGACAUUGGAGAGAUUGAACUUUUUUUUUAUGAUCGGAUUGGACCAAUUCUCUAUUGAAUUAACCUAAAUUUAUAACCUUGGACCAGUUAAAUUUAAUCGACAAUAGGCGACAUCAAGGUUUCAUUGUAAAACCAAUUUUUGACAAGAAAAGUGAAACAUGAGACCAUUAUAAUAGUUUCAAUUCUCUCUUACAUCAAUGUAAGAUAGUUAUAUUUAUUUUUAUUUUAUUUGUCAACAAUUAAGAUAUUGUUAUAUUUAUUUAUAUUUUAUUUGUCAACAAUUAAUUCUAUCUAGUAAGUACAGUAUAUAAUGAGUGGAACAUGUAUAAUGACCCAUCGUUUGAGUGUUUUAUAAGAAAAUGUCUCAACCUUGGGACAAUUGAGAAAAAUACCUGAAAUUUCAUUUUUCGCUUAAAAUGUUUUGGGGAUAUUUUAAAGCAAAAAAGGGGAACAUAGGAGAAGUUUUAUUAGAAUGCUAAAAUAAUGGAACAAAAUUGAAUAUUUACACAAUUAUGUCACUAGUUAUCCUUCAUGUUAUAAGUUUUGAGCCAUGAAGAAGACGCGUAUUCUUAAUGAUUGGGGGAAGAUUCCUGAUAUUAUUUAAUUUAAUAAUUAAGAAAAGAAGAAGAAAAUGUUGGUAAUGGAAGAUGGAAGAGGGUAUUUUUGGAUGGAUGAGCUGUGGAAAGUGAAGGGUAUUAGAAAAGGAUAAUGUCUACCCCAUGUGAAAUGUUUACUUUGGCUACAAACUACACCCACAUGUAGGGGCAAUUCUCUCUCUCCAUAUUAUAUAUUGCUCAAACACCAAUCCAAAAUGACAUUAUCUCGAGAUUAAGUAUCAGACUCGGUCUAUUCAAGUAAACAACAUUCAUAUUAUCUGAUUCACUGCUCUAUCAAUCCAACUAAAUAACAUUCAUAAGUCUCAAUCUUAUCUGAUCCAUCAAACCAAACACUAGCAGAAAUUUUAGGAGACGUUGUAUAUAGAAACGAGUCACAUUAUGUACACUUAACUGAAUAGAAUGAAGGAAGAGCUAAAAAAGUAUAGAUGGAUGACAACUCGAUCAAAUUUUAUUUAAAAUAAAAUAAUAUAUGUAGAGAUUGAUAAAUGACAUACAUUCUGUGUCUUAUCACUGGCUAUAUAUAUAUGUAUCUUAAAUCUUUUGUUCAAAUUCACCUAUAUGGUAUUAAUAAUACUACUUUCACUCUUAUCAAAUAAAUACCUGGGAGAGAAAUUUGAAUAUUAUAGUCUUAUAGAUAUGUUAUGUAUCGAUAGAAUACUAAAAACUAACACUGAAUUACAUUCAAAUAUAAUCAUGGUGACUGAUCAAAGAUGCAAAAUGGCCAUCGAUACUGUUCAAGAUUAACUUGUCCCGAAAUUGCCCAAGAUUGAAUUGACUUGAGACUAAUUUUAUAAGAAGAGAAGGUUAACACACUCAGAGACAAUAAUAUGCAAAAUAGCCUUCAAUAUUCAAAUAUUUUAGUUGUCAAACGAAUAAUCUAACCUGAAAAGUCAACUUUUGGGAUUUCCCUAAAAUUAUAGCGGUUCAAUCAAAUUAGUAUUUUGUACUACUAAUAAUCUAACAGCAUAUGAAAUUUAAACACGGAAUAGAAUGAAGAAAUUUAUACACAACUCAACAAUUAUGAAGCAUGAACUAUACACAAAGUAGAAACAACAAACCACUCAGCAACAGAAAAAGAGGGCAAAUCAGACAUGAAUCAAACAGAAUUCCCACCAAUAUACGUAUACUUUUCACAACACCUAUAUCAUGUAAGAGUUCAGAAGCCAAACCUCGUACCGAACUUCACUUCCUCGAAAUUCGUAUUGGCUCAAAAAUGAACAUCACUUCAUCUGUGACAAGAAACAAUAUGUUAGCCAUUGUGCUCGUGUGCGUUCUGUGCGUUUGCACAGAUGCGCGUCCAGAGAAGCCAACGGGGGAAGUAACGGUGAUGGAGAAGAGAUACAAAACCUGGCUGAAGCAACAUGGGAAAACGUACAAUAGCAAGGAUGAAUGGAACAUGCGAUUUGGAAUCUACCAGUCUAAUCUUAAGUUCAUAGAGUUUGUAAACGCACAGAAUCUUUCUUACAAACUAACUGACAAUGAGUUUGCAGACAUGACAAACUUUGAGUUCCAGACCACCUACUUGGGUUACAAGAGGAAAGGGCAUUGGCUUCCACAAAAUCAGCAACAUAGCUACAAUGUCGGUAACUAUGCUAUACCAUCUAGCAUAGACUGGAGGAAGAAAGGUGCUGUGACAAGAAUCAAGAAUCAAGACUCGUGUGGUAGUUGUUGGGCGUUUUCGGCGCUAGGAGCAGUAGAAGCAAUCAACCAGAUCAAAACUGGAAAUUUGGUAUCAUUGUCCCCACAAGAGCUUGUGGACUGUAAUUUUGGCCUUGAUAACCAUGGUUGUAGUGGUGGAAUCAUGGAAAAAGCAUACGAAUUCAUGAUGCUAAAUGGUGGCAUAAGUUCAGACGAAGAUUACCCAUAUAAAGGGAGACAGGGCCUAUGUAACCCAAUCAUAGCAAGAAAGAUAGCAGCAAGCAUAACCGGCUAUGUUCGAAUACCUGAAAGGAACGAGACGGCCAUGCAAGCUGCAGUGGCUCGUCAGCCAAUAUCAGUAGCCAUUGAUGCAAGCGCAUCCGAGUUUCAGCUGUACGCUGAUGGAGUAUUCACCGGAUCCUGCGGGAAAAAGCUUAACCAUGGGGUUUUGGUGGUGGGAUAUGGCAAAGAUAAGGGUGUGGGGUAUUGGAUAGUGAAGAACUCAUGGGGAACUGGUUGGGGUAACAAAGGAUAUAUGAAACUGCAUCGUGGAUCUUCUGACAAGAGAGGUGUUUGUGGCGUUGCCAUGGAAAGCAGCUACCCUGUCAAAGAUUUCUGAGGUAUCUAGCCGUGUUGGAAGGAUUUGUUUCCAAAUGACCAUGGAUACUCAGAAUAAAGUUCAUAACAAUGCUAGCCUAUUUUAAGACAUUUAUUCCUAAAUUUGUUCAGACAUUAUUCAAAAUGCAAAUCACUGUAUCUUGGUAUAAAUAAAAGUCAAUGUUUUAGUAUCUAAUAGCUUUUCAAUCUUUCUACAUAUGUCUUAAACCUCUAGUAGCCUUUUGCAACGAAGCCGUUAGCUAAUUAAAUUCACAUUCCUAAAGUUUAAAAAGAUGCCUAGAUUGACUGGUAACAGACAAUGAUCUCAGAUAGUUCUCUUAUCUGUUUCAAGAAAUUUAUUAUACAUUUUAACUCAGAAUACACUAUGACACUAAACAGACAAUGUGGUUAAUUGAGAGAAUGCAAGUAAUGUAACCU